AUGGGAAUAGAAGAUCAGAAAGAGGAGCGAGAGGUCCUCGAGUCCAUUUUCCCGGACGAGAUUACAGAUGUUUCUGAGACAGAGUUCCGAAUCGCGAUACAGCUCGAUGAUGGCCGACACGAAGAUGAUGAAAGUGAAGAGGAGCAACCAACAAUCGUCCUCAACGUCCAAUACCCCCCAAACUACCCCGACGAAGCGCCCAGACUUGAUGUAACUCAACCCCCGAACGCCCCGAAACACCCCUACCUCGACAUCCAAGAGGACAAGUCUCGUCUCCUAGACUCCUUAACAGAUACGAUAGAAGAAAACCUCGGCAUGGCCAUGGUAUUCACGCUCGUUACCGUUUUGAAAGACAGCGCCGAGCUUCUCAUCACCGAGCGCCAAAACGCAAAACAAGCAUUGGCAGACCUAGAAGCCGCCAGAAUAGAAGAAGAAGAGAACAAGAAGUUCCAGGGCCAGGCUGUGACUAGGGAGAGUUUCUUGGCGUGGAGUGCAAGCUUCAAGAAAGAGAUAGAAGAGGAGGCGAAGAGGAAGGAAGAGGAGAAGGAGCUGGAGGAUAAGAAAAAGAGGAUUGCCAAGGAGGAGAGGAAGAUGACGGGGAGGGAGUUGUGGGAGAAGGGAUUGGUCGGCAAGUACGUGGAUGAUGAGGAGGAGGAUGAGGAGGAAGUGGAUAUCGAGAAGUUGAAGAUCUCAGCGACUUCAUGA